AUGCAGAGGAACGUGCAGAGGAACAUACAGAGGAACGUGCAGAGGAACCUGCAGAUUAACCUGCAAAGGAACGUGCAGAAGAACGUGCACAGGAAUGUGCAGAGGAACAUACAGAGGAACAUGCAGAGGAACCUACAGAGGAACCUGCAGAGGAACGUGCAGAGGAACGUGCAGAGGAACAUACAGAGGAAUGUGCAGAGGAACGUACAGAGGAACGUGCAGAGGAACGUGCAGAGGAACCUGCAGAAGAACGUGCAGAGGAACGUGCAGAGGAACGUGCGGACGAACAUGCAGAGGAACGUACAGAGGAACGUGCAGAGUAACCUGCAGAUAAAACUGCAGAGGAAUGUGCAGAGGAACGUGCAGAGGAACGUGCAGAGGAACGUGCAGAGGAACCUGCAGAGGAACCUGCAGAGGAACCUGCAGAGGAAUGUGCAGAGGAACGUGCAGAGGAACGUACAGAGGAACAUGCAGAGGAACCUGCAGAGGAACCUGCAGAGGAACGUGCAGAGGAACCUGCAGAGGAACGAGCAGAGGAACGUGCAGAGGAUGCUGCAGAGGAACGUGCAGAGGAACGUGCUGAGGAACGUGCAGAGGAACGUGCAGAGGAACGUGCAUAGGAACGUGCAGAGGAACGUGCAGAGGAACGUGCAGAGGAACGUGCAGAGGAAUGUGCAGAGGAACCUGCAGAGGAACGUGCAGAGGAAUGUGCAGAGGCACGUGCAGAGGAACGUAAAGAGGAACGUGCAGAGGAACGUGUAG